AUGGAAGACGAUGGCACCGAGUCGAUCGUAUCCCUACUCAUAGCACGAAUCGAAGCGUAUGUGGCCGAUGCAGCUUCGUUCGCCAUCCCAGGAUCGUGGACACGCCAUCCGAACUGGCUCAACGACGAAACACUGCGCAUCGAUGCUGCCACCCAACUAGCGGAAGAGCUGAUGGCAUUACAGAGCAUCUACACCGGCGAAGCCAUCCACUUGCUCAGAAUCACCCCUCUCAAUGCAGGGAAAGAUGCAGCAGCGCCGGACGGACAGCUUAGCAACGAGAAUGUCGCCGACCCUGCCUCGUGGCUGCCAGGAAGCAAGAUCACGCUGUCCGUUUCGACCGACGUAGAAGCCGCGGCAGGAUCGAUACCAAUACGACUCGCAGUGACACUUCCGCCGUUCUAUCCGCAUAGUGCGAGACCGCCACAGCUGCAGCUGCUGUCGAGGUACAUUGGCGGGUUCAGUGUCGACGCCAAGCUGUUUGGCGAGAUCCUCAGAGCAUUCUAUCACCAGACUGACGAAGCGACUCAAGGAUCGACAGCGGAUGCAGAGGAGCCGGGUAUCAGCUCGGCGUGGAUCGGUGGGAGCAUGGACAGGGGCGUUCGAUGGUCACCCGGCCAAGUCGUGCUGUUCGAAGGGAUCGAAUGGGUCAAGGAGCAAAUCACAGACUGGGGGAAAGAAAAAGAGGCAGAACGCAGCACUUCCUCGGCACAGAACACCCCCACCACUACAACCACUGCCACCUCCUCGUCCACCAUGACCACCUUCACGCCAUCUUCUACGCCCCCUCCUCCAACGCCAUUCAACGGAACGCUCUUUCAAACACCCUCCAUCGUCGAGCGCAAGUCGGAAUUCAUCGGCUACGCGGCACGCAUCACCACGCCCACCCAGGUCGCCUCGGUGCUCUCGCUGAUACUCCAGGACAAGCGCGUCGCCCGGGCCACACACCCGGUCAUCAACGCGUGGGUGUGCACCACCAGCGACGGCGUCACGCACCGCGACUGCCACGACGACGGCGAGUCUGCUGCCGGUGGCCGCUUGGCGCAUCUGCUCAGCAUUUUGGAGCUGGACAAUGUGAUUGUGGUCGUGACGCGGUGGUAUGGCGGAGUGCUGCUGGGGCCGGAUCGGUUCAAGAUCAUUAAUCGCGCUGCGAGGGAGGCGCUGGAUUUGGGCGGGUUUGUGGGCAAGAAUGGUGGCGAUGAUGAGGUGGCGAGGGGAAAGGGCAUGGGCAAAAGGAAUUCGUAG